UGUGGUGUGCACUUUGGUCCAACACUUCCGGUCACCCAUGCUUUGGAUGUGGGGUGGGGACAUAAACAUACCUCUGCAUCACGGAGACCAGGGUUCCCGGUGGUGCUCCUGAGACACCGUGGGAACACAUUUCAUACUAAGAGACCUCGCGUUUGGCAGCGGCUCCAUGGUUUAGUUGUUACAAACCAGCCACUGCCCUCUUUCAAAGGUGAACACAGUAAAAUUUAUGACAGGCACAUUAUCAGACAAUAAAGGAGCAUAAAAGGAGGAAGAGUGACAACUGGUCCAUUUGUGGAAACGGUUCAUCUGAGGCCCGCGAUACUUGGAGGAUUCUGGAAUGGGGCUGUGGACACACGUUUUCGUCCUGGGGCUGCUGCCACUUCUGGAGCAAGGGACUACCCAGGCCAAUACCUCUCCUGAAGAGAACACAUUGGAAAAUCAGCUAUGGACUGAGAUCCUGGAAGGUUUUCCUUUCCUGUGCAACCUGGAGACAUCAGGAUCCAACGUGUCUUCUAAGUCAGUCCACUCUCUGAGACCUUCGGAUAUUAAAUUUGUGGCAGCCAUCGGUGAUGUGGAAACUCUUCCAGACUCAGGAACAGCCGACAUAGAGAAUCACCAAUGGACUGGAAAAAGGCCAGAGCAGGUGUGCAUGGGAGUGGUGACAGUCCUUUCAGAAGUCAUCCGACGCUUCAAUCCCUCUGUGCUGAGGCCCGUGUGCACCCCUGGGAAGAACGUGGGACCCCACAGUGGUGCCGAGGACUUGUGGAUUCAGGCAAAAGAACUGGUGAGGAGCAUGAAAGAGAACCAGCAACUUGACUUUCAAAAUGACUGGAAGCUCAUCAACGUGUUCUUCAGUAACACAAGCCAGUGUCACCUGUGUCCCUCCGCCCAACAGCCAAAGGACGUGAUGGGUGGCAUGGACAAGCUGACUAGGAUGCUGGACUACCUGCUCCAGGAGGUCCCUAAAGCAUUUGUGAACCUGGUGGAUCUCUCUGACGUUGUGGGGGCCUCUCCCUGGCAUCAGGAGACUCAUCUCAGCUCCACAGCAGAACCCUGCAGCUGCCCAGGGGAGACCUCGAAGCUGUUCAGGGUUGUGACACAGUGGUCCUAUCAGGAAAGCUGGGGACGUCUCCUGGCCUCCAGCAAGUACAACGAGCAGGAGAGCUUCGCAGUGGUUUUCCAGCCCUUCUAUGAGACAGCCCUGGAGCCACUCUCGGGGCAGUGGCCACUCGAAGACCCCAUCACAUUCGCUGUGAAUCUCUGGAACACCAUGAUGGAGCCAGCAGGACAGAAAGAUGAGCCAUUCGAUGCGAAAGAGAGGAGGCCGGUGAAAUGUCCCUCUCAGGAGAACCCAUAUCUGUUCACCUACAGGAACAGCAACUACCUGCCCAGGGUGACAGAACUCCAUGAGAAGCUUGAGGCGAGAGAUGGAACAGAAAUCGGGUGCCCCGACAAGGAUCCCUCCGACACAAUUCCCACCUCAGUUCACAGGCUGAAGCUGGCAGACAUCAAGGUGAUCGCGGCCCUGGGCGACUCGCUCACGGCAGGUAAUGGGGCCGGGUCCAAGCCUGGGGACAUCGCGGACGUCUUGACUCAGUAUCGAGGACUGUCCUGGAGCGGUGGCGGAGAUCACAACCUCAGCAGCGUCAUCACCCUGGCCAACAUCCUCCGGGAAUUCAACCCUUCCCUAAGGGGCUACGCUGUCGGCACUGGGACAGAAGAUAGUCCCGGAGCCUUCCUAAACCAGGCCGUGUCGGGAGCCCAAGCUGCAGGUUUAUCUGUUCAGGCCAGGAGGCUGGUGGACCUAAUGAAGAAUGACACGAGGAUAGAUUUUCAAGAAGAUUGGAAGCUAAUAACCCUGUUUAUAGGAAACAACGAUCUCUGUAAUUUCUGCAAUGAUCCGGCUCACUAUUCUCCCCAGAACUUCACGGCCAACAUUGGGAAGGCUCUGGACAUCCUCCAUGCUGAGGUUCCUCGGGCAUUUGUCAACCUGGUGAAUAUACUGCAGAUCAUCAACCUAAGGGAGCUGUACCAUGAGGAGAAAGUCAGCUGUCCAAGGCUGAUCCUCAGGGAUUUGUGCCCCUGUGUCCUGAAGUUUAAUGACAGCUCAACAGAACUUGCCUCCCUCGUUGAAUUGAAUAAGAACUAUCAGGAUAGGACCCACCAGCUGGUUGAGAGUGGGCAAUAUGACACAAGGGAAGAUUUUACAGUGGUCGUGCAGCCUUUCUUUGAAAAAAUGGACAUGCCAAAGACCUCGGAGGGGUUGCCUGACAGCUCUUUCUUCGCUCCUGACUGUUUCCACUUCAGCAGCAAGUCUCAUGCCCACGCUGCCAGCGCCCUCUGGAACAACAUGCUGGAACCUGUUGGCCAGAAGACAACACAGCAUAAUUUUGAAAGCGAGAUCAAUAUCACGUGUCCGAAUGAGGACUGGCCGUUUCUGAGCACCUACAAGAACAGUGUGCAGGAUCAUGGGAGCCAGCUGCUGUGCAGUGACAGAGACCCAUCUACCACACCGCCCACCUCAGUGCAUGCCCUGAGACCUGCAGACAUCCAAGUCGUAGCUGCUCUGGGGGAUUCUCUGACUGCUGGCAAUGGAAUUGGCUCCAAACCAGGCGACCUUUCUGAUGUCACCACUCAGUAUCGGGGGCUGUCAUAUAGUUCAGGAGGAGAUGGCACUCUGGAGACCGUGACCACCUUGCCAAAUAUCCUUCGGAAGUUUAACAGAAAUCUUACAGGCUAUGCAGUGGGCACAGGUGAUGCCAAUGACACAAAUGCGUUCCUCAAUCAGGCUGUCCCUGGAGCAAAGGCUGAGGGACUUACAAGCCAAGUUCAGACUCUGGUGCAGAGGAUGAAAGAUGACGCGAGAGUAAAUUUCCACGAGGACUGGAAGGUUAUCACGGUGCUGAUUGGAGGCAGUGACUUAUGUGACUACUGCACAGAUUCGAAUCUGUAUUCUGCAGCCAACUUUUUUGACCGACUCCGCAAUGCCUUGGACAUCCUGCAUAGAGAGGUGCCCAGAGCCCUGGUCAACCUCGUGGACUUCAUGAACCCCAGUGUCGUACGGCAGGUGUUCCUGGGGAACCCAGACAAAUGCCCAGUGCAGCAGGCCAGCAUUUUGUGUAACUGCGCUCUGACCCCGCGGGAGAGCUCCCAAGAGCUGGCCAGGUUGGAGGCCGUCACCAGAGCCUACCAGAACAGAAUGCGCGAGCUGGUGGAGUCAGGCCGCUAUGACACGCGGGAGGACUUCUCCGUGGUGCUGCAGCCCUUCUUCCACAACAUCCAGCUCCCCAUCCUGGAGGAUGGACGCCUGGAUAUGUCCUUCUUCACCCCAGACUGCAUCUACCCAAGCCAGAAAUUCCACUCUCAGCUCUCCAGAGCCCUUUGGGUCAAUAUGCUUGAACCACUAGGAAGGAAAACGGAAACCCUAAACCUGACAGCAGAUAUAUCCCUCUCCUGCCCGACUCAGAAAGAGCCUUUCCUGAGAACCCUCCGGAACAGCAACUACACAUACCCCACCAAGCCAGCCAUUGAGAACUGGGGCAGUGACUUCCUGUGUAUGGAGUGGAAUCUUUCCAACAGUGUUCCCACCUCGGUCCAUGAGCUCCGACCAGCAGACAUCAAAGUGGUCGCCGCCCUGGGCGACUCACUGACUACGGCGGCGGGAGCCCUCCCAGGCAACUCCAGUGACGGGCUCGUAUCCUGGCGGGGACUGUCCUGGAGCGUUGGAGGGGAUGGCGCCUUAGAGACCCACACCACGCUGGCCAAUAUUCUGAAGAAGUUCAACCCUAACAUCCUCGGGUUCUCCACCGGUACACAGGAGGAGACGGCAGGACUGAAUGUCGCAGUGGAAGGGGCCAGAGCUCGGGACAUGCCAGCUCAGGCCCGGGACCUGGUGGAGCGAAUGAAAAGCAGCCCUGAAAUCAACCUGGAGAAAGACUGGAAGCUGAUCACACUCUUCAUUGGGAGGAACGACUUGUGUCAUUACUGCGAGAACCCGGAGGCCCACUUAGCUGGGGAGUAUGUUCAGCACAUCCAGCAGGCCCUGGACAUCCUCUACAAGGAGCUCCCGAGAGCUUUCAUCAACAUGGUGGUGGUCAUGGAGCUGACUAGCCUGCACCAGGGCCAAGGCGGGAAAUGUAGCAUGCCGCUGGCAGCUGGGAACAACUGCACUUGCCUCACACGUUCCCAGGAGAACUCUCUUGAGAUUCAAGAACUGAAGAAAGUGAACUGGAACUUCCAGAGUGACAUCUCCAGGUACUCCUACUGGCACCAGUACCUGCAGCGCAAGGACUUCACAGUGGUCGUGCAGCCUUUCUUCCAAAACACUCUUGUCCCCCUGAACGAGAGAGGGGACGCUGACCACACCUUCUUCUCCGAGGACUGUUUCCAUUUCUCAGAACGUGGUCAUGCCGAGAUGGCCAUCGCACUCUGGAACAACAUGCUGGAACCAGUGGGCAAUAAAACAACCUUCUACAACUUCACCUACAGCCGAACCAAACUCAAGUGCCCCUCUCCUGAGAGCCCUUACCUCUACACCCUGAGGAACAGUCGGCUCCUCCCAGAUCAGGCUGAAGCAAGCCCCAGGGUGCUGUCCUGGGCUGUGCCUGUGGCAGCAGGAGGUGGCAUUGCAGUGGGCAUCGGCUUCAUGAUGGUGUUGAGGGCCGUAAGAGGUGGGUGGAGGAAAAUCUUCCAGUAAGCCUGGACACUAUGAACUUGUAGGCCCGCCAGCCAUGUGUAGGCAUGCACCCUAAAUUCCCCAGCCACACUCUUCACCAGACAGCAUUUGCUUUAACACUUGGUGAUGUAGGGAGCCAAAGGGACAAUCAUGACUUCUUGGGGCAUGGAGCCUACGUUCCUGGAACUGGCAAAUUUAAAUAAAGACCAAAGCUGUCCUGUU